CCGAAAAUUUAUUUUGUUUUGUAAUAUUUUCAUCAUUUUUUAGCCUCAAAUUCGAAACUUUUCCAGUUAUUUCAUCAUUUUCCAGCUCUAAAUCACUCGCUGAACAUUUCACAAACAGCUGAUGCUUGUGGCGUGAUUAUUUCAAGUGUUACGGAUAUUUUAGAUGGUAUUUAGAUUGAUAAAACAAUAAAUGAUGGAUCAUCGACGACAUCCGACUAAAUACGAAUUGAAGGAUAUCAAUACAACAGCAGAUUGGAUGGCACACGCAAACAGAUGCCGGAUACCACAAUGGAGAUGCCCGUAUCGAUUCUGCAAGUAUGAAAAAGGACGUCUCCAGCAUUUGAGAAAUUGCCAAUUUAGUAGCAGAAAUUGUUAUACUUGCUGGGAAGUGGGAUAUGUUCUAACUAUGCAUGCCAGAUAUUGUAAAAGAUCCAUAUGCCGGGUACCAAAUUGUUCCACUUUCAGACAGCGUAUGUUUACUAUAGCAAGUGCAGCUUGAAUAUUGUUAUUGAAAGAGUGAAAACUGAAAGUUUCUAGAUCGCUUAUGAUUUAAGGGUCGGGUGUUUCAUUUAAUCACGUUUCCUAUUAUGUUUUAAUUAUAUGUGUAUGUUUUUUCGUCCAUAAUUAAGUCUUAUUCGAUGUUUUUUUAAAUUUAAGCUAAAGUCUUAUCAAGAUUCGUUGAAAUAAACUGUGUACCGGUAGGUCGUGCGCCCGCAGCUACCACCAUAAGUGGAAGUUGUGAGCCCACAUACGUAGCAUCGCGCAGCUCCAUUAGCGGCGCGAUCUAGCAGUGUAGUUCGAGGAAGCUUCACCGCUCGGAUGCUGUGAAAGCAGCAUCAGUAUGUUUUUCGUUAGCUUUGCUACACAACGUUGAGACUGAAUACCUGCUAUGCAGAUGAGUAGGCUCAACUUAGGGACUUGUUUUUAUACUGUAGUAAUCGUGUCUUUACUCAUUCGCUUGUAUAUUUCGUGUAGUCUUAUUAACAUUGUAAUAGAGCAGAUUAUCGUAGAGAAGCUGUCUCUGACUCACGUAAUAAAGCGUCUUAAAGUACCUAAGGUAUCAACUUAUUUGUGUCGCGUUCGUUCUACGAUCUUAGCAGCUGUACCUCAGCCUUGGCCUAGUAUAAGAGUGUUUCCCGACAUUCUUCCCUCGUCGAAGAAGUUACCCCUAUUCGUCAUCAUAAGUAGCUUCUUCGAUAUAUGUAGCAGUUAGUCCACCCAAGUGGCUAGUGCGGUAACACCCCACACUACUACAUUUGGCGCCCAAUAUCGUGGUUCCUAUACCAAUUGUUACGAAAAGGAGAAUUUGGAGCGGUUCACCGAUCUCAGAUUCUUCAAAAAGUCGCGUAAACCGUUGGGAAAAGUGUAGUUUUCAUCGAAACCCGGCGAAAAUCAAGCUUUUCAUCGUCAAUGUGGCGACGACACCUUUGUACGAAUUGGCCCAGUGCAAGGAAGAGAUCAACCUGGCGAUCUAUAUUUGUGUUUUAAUACGUAAGAUUUUCUAUUUUUUAUUUGUAUAUGUGAAGGUAUAAAUUUUGAACAUUAAUUUAUGCCAAAAUUUGUGUAUUUCGCCGUAACGUGGAAAUUUUUGUGCCAAGUUGUGCGGGUUCGUCGUGUGUAAAAAACGAGCACAGUUCGACAGGCUCGCGUAACGGUUUUCAGCGACGUCAUCGUAGACUAUAUGUGUAAAGUUGCUUACCUGAAAAAGACAAAUUACGAAUUAGAAUCGUUGACCGAAUUAGAACUCGCGUUCGUGAAUUUAGAAAAUGACCUGAGAUUUUCCGGCUAUACAAUGGAAGAAGAAAACGUGAUUCCUCCGUCCGAUUCUAGUGGUCGUCGAGGUAGCUUCCCAUUGGCUAGUAGAUUCAACGAACAGCAUCCUGAAAGAGAAAGAAGAUCGAGUGUUGGCAUUUACACAUACGUAUCUGACGAAAAUUCAGAAGAAGGAGAGCAAGCGGAACCUAACGUACCUCGUAAAUCUAUACGUAACGCUGCGAAAGAAGCCGAUCUCCGACGUCGUGAAAUGCUCAAAAUUAAGAAGACACCGAUUGCUAAAAAGAAAUCUGAAAAGAAAAAAGAUCCGUUAGGUGAACGUAUAAGUAGAAAUUUAUACGAUGUCAACUUCGAGAAUAAUAAACCAUCUUCGAAGUAUACCAACCUGGAAUACGAACGGCUGCUACAAGAAGGUACUCUGGAUUUCUUAAAAAGCGGUCCAGUCGAGCCUGAAGUGAUCUCCGACGGAAAUGAUCAGUGUACCAGUCAUCUACGUCGAUUAUCCAACGCGCCUGUAACACAGUCACCGUUACUCAACCGCGCACCGGCGCAAAUCAACGCUGAUAACAUGUUGCAUCUUACCAGAGAGUUAAUCGAUUUCGGCGAUCAGGGUAAAACUGUGCAAGCCACUGCUCCGUCUGAACAGUUGGUCCAAGCUCCUGCGGAAGGUCAGAAUCCAAGUGAAGAUGACACCGACGGAGAAACAAUGCCCAAGAUGUCCGAAGCGUUGCUGAAAAAGAGAGCAGAAAAAUUAGCUAAGAGACUUGAUUUGCGGCCAGUGUACGUAAAGAAAACAGAAAAAUGGAUUAAAGGAAAGGAAUUGGAAGAAAAGUACCCAACCGAGUACUCAGCAACCGAAGAAACAAAUUUCCGCGAAUGGAAUUAUAAAGCGAUCGACAAUUUAGAUAAAAACGGCAUGCAACUAUUCAACCGUGUCAUAGACGUCGAGAAAGCAGCCCAUCGUACAAGAAAUGACCUCGGUCUCGUGUAUAUUGAACUCGAACAGCGCAUUAUUUUGCAAAAGCGCAAAUUCAAAAAACAGAUACGUGAAGUUAAAGAAAGUUUCAGUGAAGUUUUCGCCGAGUACAAACGUGUAAUAGAACAACAUAUGAUUACGCAAGCGGUCCAAAUCAAUCGACUGAAAGAUCGAAACCGAGAAAUAAGUGGAUUAAUGAAAGAAUUGCACGAAGAAUUCCACAAAGUACAAACUACAUCUGACCAAGACAACAAAGAUGUGACCGGCAUUUACAAAAAGUUCGACGAGUUUGUAAAAGACUAUCGGGAAGAGAUGGAACAGAUUAGAGAAGAUGACCAGCAGCGAAUCCAACAGGAGGUGCAACGUCUCUUCGAUAUCGAAAAUCAGCAACGUCUCGAAGCUGAAGCGCAGCGACUACGUGCGCAACCAACUCAAAAUAAUGCGCGUAACGCGCCGCACCCGAUGCCGCAGGUUUCACCGAUUUUAACGCAACCCCCGCGAAAUGCGCCGCCAAAUCCAGGCGCGUCGACGCCCCAAAGAUCCAAUCUACACGAAGUGCUUCACCAACAGCAGCCGCAGCCACAGCCGCAGCAGCAAUUUUAUGGUCAGCCGCAGUUUCCGCCUCCGCAGGUGUUCAUGUAUCAGCAUGCGUACCCGUAUCCGCCGCCGCAGUUCCAGCCGCAGCCGCAACCGCAGCCGCAACCGCAGCCGCAGCCGCAAGCGACGCCGCAACCGCAGGAACGCAGGAAGCUAACGUGUAGAGAUCUCCGAUUUGACUUGAAAUUUGGCCAAAACACGAAGGUCAUAAAAUCAGGCAUAACGCAAGAUCAAAACCUGAAAUUCGGGAAAAACAACCAAUUUAAAGUCUUCCAGUACCUAAGAGAAUUCGAUAGUCAACUGGAAAGUUUCCAAGCAAGCGAGACGCAGUUCAUAAGUGUACUCAAAUCGGUCGUGAAUUGCCAAGAGCUUCCAUUCAUGGAAAUUUGGAAGGCAAACACCGCUGACAUUGGCGAGUAUUAUCAAUUCCGUCAAAGCUUUAUCGAGUACGCGUGGAGCCCUCAAAGACAGAGUGAUGCUCGAACUCAUUUUGCGAAGCUUGAAGUCACCGAAUCGUCUUCCACUGCCCACGUCUCCGAAGUACUAACGUGGAUGAGAAUUCUCAUGACAAGCAACACUCCCAAAGAAGAUAUUGCACGCUCAGUUUUCUAUAAACUUCAUUCAUCACUUAAAGCUCGAAUCACCGAAGUUGAACUCCAAGAUUUGGAAAAGAUGGAGCAACGACUCGAAGCGAUGACGCGCAUAGAAGAAUGGGUAGGAGGCGUCGAAGUUCAGGUUAAACCAAAAGCCCGAGCUUUGAACAACUACUCGGAAUUUAAGCGUUCCAAGAAGUACGACGACAGCAAAAAUUCAAAUUACGAGAGGAGUCGCCGAUACAAUAACUACGAGAAGAACGACCGUAGUAACGAUUACAAAAAUCGAAGAAGUAACGAUUUUGAAAAAAACAAGCGCACCGAGCAUCGCAAACCGUAUGAGAAACCGAAAUACGAAAAAGAAAAGCCGAAAGGUGAUCCGGAAAAGGAGGAGAAGAAGUUUGAAAAGAGUAAGCGUGAAGAAGAACCCAGAGAAAAACAAAAAGAAAGAACUGAAAGAUCAGAAAAGAAGAAAAACUACGAGAAACACAAAGUACAUGUAGUUACCGGUGAAGUUCAAAGCUCGUCGUCUGAUCAAGAAGCAGAUGACACCGAAGUUGAAUCCAGGGGUGAAAAAUUCGAUUCGUCGUCGGGAAACGAAGCCUAG